AUGGCUUUAAUUGUUGUUCACACAAACCAGUGUGCAGGAGAAUUUGUUAUUAUUUUCACAUGGGCUUACCACAGUGGUUUUAACCAAGGCUACAACUUGGCUGAGGCUGUCAACUUUUGCAUUGCUGACUGGCUACCAGCUGGACGCCAAUGUAUUGAACACUACUGCCAGCUCCAUCGCUACUGUGUUUUCUCCUAUGAGAAGCUCAUCUGCAAGAUGGCUGCCUUUCCAGAGAAGUUGGAUCUGAAUCUGGCUAGGUCUGUGCACAAGGAGAUGUUCAUAAUGGUGCAGGAGGAGCGACAUUUACGAAAAGCUUUGUUGGAGAAGGUGGGUGGAUAUCGGUACACCUUGGAUGAUCUACUCAUUAUCUUACAUAAUCUGAAGAUUCGAGCUGAGUCCUGUGACUCCUGAGCAAACAAAGUACGAAUGGCCUUGGAGGUAGAGAAUGGCCAGAAGUGCAGCUUUGAAGAGCUAAGGGCAUUGGAGUCUGAGGCCCAUGAGAAAUGCUUUUCUAACAGUGAGCUGUUUCAACACCUGAAGAACUGCCUGGAUGAAGCAGAAGCUUGUAUUACCCAAGUCCUGGGGCUGAUCAGUGGCCAAGAGACUAGGAUUGAAACUCCACAGCUGACCCUGACAAAGCUCCACAUCCUUCUUGAGCAAAUGGGCAGCCUGCCCUGUGCUAUGGAUGAGAUUAGGGCUGUCAAGGAUAUCCUAGAACAAGUGGAGGUCUAUCAAGUGGAGGCCAGGAAGGCCCUAGCUAGCCUCACAGCUCCCCGUCUAGGGCUAUUGCAGUCACUGUUAGAGAGGGGGCAACAGCUGGGUGUUAAGGUGCCUGAAGCCCAUCAGCUCCAGCAGCAGGUGGAACAGGCAGGAUGGCUAGAUGAAGUGAAGCAAGCAGUGGCCCCUUUAGCUCAAAGGGGCUCUCUGGUUAUCAUGCAGGGGUUGUUGGUUAGGGGUACCAAGGUAGCCUCCAGCCCUUCUGUGGACAAGACUCAGGCUGAGCUUCAGGAGCUGCUGACCAUUGCGGAGCACUGGGAAGAAAAAGCUCAUUUUUGCCUGGAAGCCAGCCAGAAAUAUCGACCAGCUACACUAGAAACCAUAAUUCAUGAGGCAGAAAACAUCCCUGUUCACCUACCUAACAUUGAGGCACUCAAACAAGUGCUGACUAAGGCACAGGCAUGGAUAGCUGAUGUGGAUGAGAUCCAAAAUGGUGACCACUAUCCUUGCCUGGAUGACUUGGGGGUGGGGGGGCUAGUGGCUAUUGGCCGGGACUUACCUGUGUGUCUUGAGAAGCUGAGACAGCUAGAGCAGCAGGUACUGAUAGCACACUACUGGAGAAAGAAGGCCUCCAAGACCUUCCUGAAGAAUACAAGUUAUAUAUUGCUGCUUCAGGUGAUUUGCCCAUGUGCAAAUUUGAGCUCAGAUAGUACCAGGUACAACCGGUGGACAGACAAAGAACUUGGAUUAUGUCAAUCUGACACAGAGCUGCUGGGAUUGUCUGCACAGGACCUCAGGGAUCCAGGCCUUGUGACUGUGGUUUUCAAGAUGGGGGAACAGAAGGAGAAGGAGGGUAUCCUGCAGCUGCGACACACCAACUCCACCAAGCCUGGCCGACUAGCAUCAUCAACCACAGCAUCCUUUGCAACCUCCAUCUGUCUGUGUGCUGUGCCAGCUGGGGUGGGAACUAUACAAUGUGACCUGUGUCAGGACUGAUUCCAUGGGCAAUGUGUUCCAGUACCCCACCUCCUCAGCUCCCUGAGGGCCAGUUCCACCUCAUCCCCACUGCUGGCCUGGUGGGAAUGGAACAUCAAAUUUUUGUGUCCAUUGUGCAUGUGCUCACAGCACCCAUGCCUGGAGACUGUCCUGGCACUGCUAGUAGGUCUGAAGAGACUGCCUGUGUGGCUGCCUGAGGGUGAGGCCCUUCAGUGCCUCACAGAAAGAGCCAUUGUCUGGCAAGGCCAUGGCAGACAGGCUCUGGCUUCUGAAAAUGUGAUGACUCUGUUGGAAAGACUCUCUGAAGUUCAUCAACAGCUACAGGCUGAACACAGGUUCAAGGACCCCACCCAUCCUUCAGUCCCCACCUCUGGGCCUGUCAAAGAAGUCAGUAGCAAGAAUAUACCUAAGGUUCAAAGGUUGCCAGAGAAUAGAGAUAUCUUGACCAGUCCUGAGAAGGUAGCAUUAGCACAGGGCUUAAGGAAAACAGACCUGGGGCUACUAUCCUCACUAUUGCCACAGUUCACUGGCCCCAUAUUGGAGCUGCCUGAGGAGACCCAGGACUCACUGGAGGAGCUCAUGCUGGAGGGGGAUCUUCUUGAGGUGAGACUGGAUGAACACAAUAGCAUCUGGCAAUUGUUGCAGGCUGGGCAGCCUCCAGACCUUAAACAGAUUCAUACACUUUUAGAGGUGGAGAAGCUUGAGCAUCAAGGAAGUUUGACAAGGGUCCAGACAUUACAGAAGCUACAACAGCAGCAGCAGAAAGUAAAUCUGGGUAGAAAGAGUCAGGAUCUUGUUCAAGAAGAGGUAGAGCCAAAAAAAGCCCUGUGCUCAAGAAUUAAACCUGAGGAGGUUCAAGAGGAGAAAGGGUAUGAAGAGGAAGAAGAUCAUGAUAAUAUACUCCUGACACAUUCUACAGUCCAUAGUCACAUAAUGAACGGGAACCAAAAUAACUUAGGACAAAAGGAUUCAGGUCUCACAACCUCUUUUCCUUCUGUAACUCUUUUGCUAUUCUUGUCCUACCCUCAGCAGCAAGAGUUGUGA